AGAGAGGCAGCAUUCUUCACCCCUCUCAUUUCUUUCUAUUUAAUCAUAAUAAAUUCUGCAUUUAGCUCUUCAACAUUAAUUUUCAGAUCCUUUAAUUUUCUAUUGAACCCACAUCGUUAAAUUUUCUGGGUUUUCAUUUGAUUUCUGAUCAACCAAUUUUCCGAGCAGUUUUCUAAUAGGAAUAAGCAAUGGCUCCUCCUACAAGAAUUGGUCUUGCUGGUCUGGCUGUGAUGGGUCAAAAUCUUGCACUAAACAUUGCUGAAAAAGGAUUCCCCAUUUCUGUUUACAACCGUACAACCUCAAAGGUUGAUGAGACCGUUGAACGAGCUAAACAAGAAGGAAAUCUUCCUCUGUAUGGGUUUCAUGACCCUGAAUCCUUUGUGAAUUCAAUCCAGAAACCCCGUGUCAUAAUCAUGCUUGUUAAGGCUGGGGCUCCAGUUGAUGCAACCAUCAAAACUUUGUCUGCCUAUUUGGAGAAAGGAGACUGCAUCAUCGAUGGUGGCAAUGAGUGGUAUGAGAAUACCGAGAGGAGAGAGAAAGCAAUGGAGGAAAAGGGACUGCUCUACCUCGGAAUGGGAGUUUCAGGAGGUGAAGAGGGUGCAAGAAAUGGACCCUCUAUGAUGCCUGGUGGUUCAUUCGAUGCUUACAAAAACAUCGAGGAUAUUCUAACCAAGGUUGCCGCACAGGUUGAUAGUGGCCCUUGUGUAACCUAUAUUGGCAAAGGAGGUUCUGGCAAUUUUGUUAAAAUGAUUCACAACGGAAUUGAAUAUGGUGACAUGCAGUUGAUUGCAGAGGCUUAUGAUGUGCUGAAAUCAGUUGGAAAGCUCUCUAAUGAAGAGUUGAAGGAAGUUUUUGCAGAGUGGAACAGAGGAGAGCUUCUUAGCUUCUUGAUUGAAAUCACAGCAGAUAUUUUUGGAAUUAAGGAUGACAAAGGUGAAGGAUAUUUGGUAGACAAAGUGUUGGAUAAAACCGGUAUGAAGGGUACAGGAAAAUGGACAGUUCAACAAGCUGCUGAGUUAUCUGUUGCUGCCCCUACCAUUGCAUCAUCUUUGGACUCGAGAUUUCUGAGCGGUCUAAAAGAUGAAAGAGUUGAAGCUGCCAAGGUGUUCAAAGCUGGAGGGGUUGAGGAUACACUCUCUGACCAAGUUGUUGAUAAAAAGAAAUUGAUAGAUGAUGUUAGACAAGCCCUUUAUGCUGCGAAAAUAUGUAGCUAUGCACAAGGAAUGAACUUGAUUCGUGCAAAAAGUGUUGAGAAAGAGUGGGAUUUGAAACUCGGGGAGCUAGCUAGGAUCUGGAAGGGUGGAUGCAUCAUCCGUGCUAUGUUUCUGGACCGGAUUAAGAAGGCUUAUGACAGGAACCCAAACCUCUCAAACCUACUUAUUGACCCAGAAUUUUCAAAGGAGAUGAUUGAGCGUCAAUCUGCUUGGCGUAGGGUUGUCUGCCUUGCUAUCGGUGCUGGUAUCAGCACCCCUGGUAUGUCAUCAAGUCUUGCUUAUUUUGAUUCAUAUAGGAGGGAAAGGUUGCCUGCUAAUUUGGUGCAGGCUCAAAGAGAUUAUUUUGGAGCCCAUACCUAUGAGAGAAUUGAUAUUCCUGGUGCUUUCCAUACCGAGUGGUUCAAACUCGCUAAAUCCAAGAUCUAAGGCGGAGAUUGAUUUGUGGUCACUCUCUUAAUUAUUUACUCUAAUAAUCAGCUUGUGGCUGCCACAUUUGAGUUAUGCAUUUUAUUCAAUGAUUUUUCAUCUAAAACAUUGCACGGAUGCUGUCCAAAAACAUAGCACGGAGUGAUGCAUCUACCUAGAAAGCUCCCCGAGUUUCAUAUCUCAUUCUCGAUACUUUUUGCGCAGGGAGCUUCUAAAUCUUGGAAGGCUUUUAAAUUGUGUUAACUUUCCCUUUUCUCUUUUGCUUUCUUGUGUUUAGGCUAUUGUUUAUCUUCGAGAAUUUCAGUUUAGAUUGAUUUAAGUUUAUGAAUUUUCUGUCUUGUUUAGAAUAAACAGUGCAAGUGACAAGACUCCCUUGUUGUUUCCUUAAGGGAUCAGUGUUCACCUUAUAAUUGAUCUUUGGAUCAUUCCUUUUUAUUUGAUGUAAUCUUUAUUACGAGUAUAACACACUAUUUUUUUCAUGAAAAAUUUGUUUAGUUCUUGACAUUAAA